ACAGUUACUAUAUAAUCACUCAACAAAAGAAAAUUUAACAAAGAAAAUGAAGAUCAAGAAGCCCUUGAAGCAACUGAAGCUCUCUGUUCCUUCUCAAGAAACCCCAAUCUCUUCUUUCCUGACAGCGAGUGGGACAUUUCACGAUGGUGAUUUGCUUCUAAAUCAGAAAGGGUUGCGUCUCAUUUCCGAGGAAAAAGAAUCUCGACCUUCUGACGGCAAGGAGCUUGAUUUUGAAUUCUCAUUGGAAGAUCUUGAGACCAUCAAAGUUAUUGGGAAGGGCAGUGGUGGCGUAGUACAACUUGUUCGCCAUAAAUGGGUUGGAAGAUUGUUUGCCUUGAAGGUCAUCCAAAUGAACAUACAAGAGGAAAUUCGCAAGCAAAUUGUGCAGGAGCUAAAAAUAAACCAAGCAUCGCAAUGUUCACAUGUUGUGGUUUGCUACCAUUCUUUCUAUCACAAUGGGGCCAUAUCUCUGGUGCUAGAAUACAUGGACCGUGGAUCUCUAGCUGAUGUGAUCAGACAAGUAAACACGAUUCUUGAACCAUAUCUGGCAGUUGUGUGUAAGCAGGUCCUACAGGGUCUUGUGUAUUUGCACCAUGAAAGGCAUGUAAUACACAGGGACAUAAAACCAUCCAAUCUACUGGUAAACCAUAAAGGGGAAGUGAAGAUCACUGACUUUGGUGUCAGUGCAAUGCUGGCUAGCUCUAUGGGCCAGAGAGAUACAUUUGUAGGGACUUACAACUACAUGUCGCCGGAGAGAAUUAGUGGGAGUACUUACGACUAUAGCAGUGAUAUUUGGAGUAUGGGGAUGGUAGUGCUUGAGUGUGCUAUUGGACGUUUCCCAUAUAUGCAAUCUGAAGAUCAGCAAAGCAGGCCUAGCUUUUAUGAGCUUUUGGAGGCAAUUGUGGAAAAGCCUCCACCAACUGCUGCACCAGAUCAAUUCUCUCCAGAGUUCUGUUCAUUUGUAUCAGCCUGCAUACAGAAGAACCCUCGAGAGAGAGCAUCAUCUUUGGACCUCUUGAGUCACCCCUUCAUCAAAAAGUUUGAAGACAAGGACAUCGACCUUGGCAUUUUGCUGCAAUCCAAAUGGGCAAAGAAGCAAGCCAAAUAUUUCAAGAUAUGAAUCUGAAGAAAAUGAGUAGUAAUGAAGCUUGGUGCAGUAAGAAGAUGAUCAUGGAAGGAGGAAAUAGUAAGGAAAUAUGUGACUCAAUAUCCAUAGAAUCCUCUUUUGAAGAAAA